AUGUACAUCAGAAGAAAGGGCUCCAUCGCAGGUCCAUCGUUCAAGAUUCCGCUCAUGGGCCCGUUCCUUCAGGCAUUGGAUCCAAAGUUCGACUCUUAUCUCAGACAGUGGGCGAGCGGACCUCUUAGUUGUGUCUCGGUCUUUCAUAAGUAUGUUCUCUCCAUGUCUGUUGUUCAAUGGCUCUUACUUAUAACGCACACGCAGANNUUCGUUGUCCUCGCAUCCGAUCGAGACCUGGCCCACAAGGUGUUCAAGUCGCCCGCGUACGCCGAACCCUGCAUAGUCCCUGUCGCAAAGGACAUCAUCGGCCACAAAGCAUGGGUAUUCCUCCAAGGUCGUGAUCACGCCGAGUACAGGAGAGGUUUGACUCCUCUCUUCACCAACCGAGCCAUGGCGACAUAUCUCCGAGUCCAAGAAAAAGUGUUGGCUGACUACUUCGAAAAGUUUGUGGCUGCCAGUGAGGCGAAUGGGAAUAAGCCACUGCCAUUCAUGACCUUGUUCCGGGAGAUCAACUGCGCAUUGUCGUGUCGUACAUUCUUCGGCGAUUACAUUUCUCAGGAUGCGGUCAAAAAGAUUGCAGACGACUAUUACCUGUGCACUGCCGCACUGGAGCUAGUCAAUGUUCCAUUCUCGAUAUAUAUCCCAGGGACAAAAGUGUGGCGAGGUAAGCGGACGGCUGAUGCAGUCCAUGCUGAGUUCGCCAGAUGUGCAGCUGCAUGCAAAGCAAAUAUGGCGAGUGGCGCAGAGCCCACCUGCACAGUCGACCAAUGGGUGCUUCACAUGAUGGAAUCUAAUCGUUACCGCGAACAGGUUGCUGCAGGAGAGACCGAGGCGGAAAGACCUUCGAACCUGAUCCGCGAGUUCACCAACGAAGAGAUUGGCGAGACGCUGUUUACCUUCCUCUUCGCUUCUCAAGACGCAUCCAGCAGCGCAACAACAUGGCUAUUUCAAAUCCUCGCUCAACGGCCUGACGUCCUCGACAGAUUGCGACAAGAGAAUCUGGAUGCACGAGGCGGAGACAGGAACAAACCAUUUGAUCAACCCAUGCUAGAGUCUUUGACCUAUACCAAUGCUGUCAUCAAAGAGCUGCUUCGCCAUAGACCACCCGUCAUCUUCGUCCCGUACUUGGCUACCAGAGACUUUCCGAUGACAUCGAGCUAUACUGUUCCAAAAGGUUCUAUGAUAAUACCAUCAUGCUAUCCGGCUUUGCAUGAUCCUCUGGUCUAUCCACGCCCAGAUGUCUUUGACCCUGAUCGCUGGAUAACUGGCGACGCCGAGUCUAAGACCAAGAACUGGCUUGUCUUUGGAGCCGGACCGCAUGACUGUCUUGCAAGGAGGUACGUACCAUUGUCGAUGGCAGGCAUGAUUGGUAAAGCAGCCAUGGAGCUUGACUGGAAGCACCAUGAGACGGAACUUUCGGAGGAGAUCAAAGUGUUUGCUACGCUUUUUCCCAUGGUAAGUGCUUAA